GUUGGUUUGCACUCGUCCAGAAGGAAAUGGACCAUGCCAGAGCAGCAAUCUCUAACUUGUUUGGUGGUGAGCCAACAUCAUACACACGCUUCAGCAUUGCCCGGCAAGUGGAUGGAGACAACAGCCACGUGGAGAUGAAGCUGGCUGCUGAUGAUGAGGAAGGAGGGGAAAUUGGGAGACCAGAGCACCUGCAUGCCAGCAUGCCUCCUCCUCGRAGGAAUGGAAAGAACCUCUGCUUCAUAGUCAUGGCAGCUGUCCUUCUCCUUUUGAUUGGGUUUCUGAUCGGCUACUUGAGUUAUCGUGGACGAAUGCAGAGGGUUAACAGGUGUCUGGAUGGAAGUGGCAACUGCGAGAUGACUCCUACUGCAUCUUACUUAUCGGAUGAUGGAACUGAGGAAGAAGAGGUUYCUGGACCACGUGUCUUGUACUGGCCUGAACUCCGAAAUAUGUUUUCAGCUAAACUGGUGGAUUCACGUCUUGAGACCAACCUGAGGCAAAGAGAAGGUAAAAAUUCUUUUGAAGCUGGCAAGGUUGAAGAUGAGAGCACUGCCAUCUACAUUCAUGACCAGUUCACCAAUUUCCGCUUGGAUGAUGUGUGGAAUGAUGAGCACUACAUUAGGCUGCAGGAUAAAGGCAGUAGCAACAACCAGGUGUUCAUUGUAGAAGAUGCUGCAGAAAAGCUACUGGAAAGUCCUGAUGCCUAUGUGGCAUACAGCAAGAGCGGCACAGUUACUGGCAGACCCAUCUAUGUGAACUAUGGACGGAAAGAGGAUUUUCAGCAGAUACGAAAUAUGGGUGUUUCAAUGAAUGGAAGUAUAAUCAUCUUCAGAGCUGGAAAAAUAACCCUUGCUGAGAAGGUUGCAAAUGCCAGAGAGGAAGGAGCAGCUGGUGCCCUGAUGUACCUGGACCCCAGAGAUUACAAAGGCACAGAUUCAUUUGCCCCCUUUGGACAUGCCCACCUUGGAACUGGAGACCCUUACACCCCAGGCUUCCCUUCUUUCAACCACACCCAGUUCCCACCAGUGGAAUCUUCUGGACUACCUCGCAUUCUUGUUCAGACUAUCUCUAGUCAAGCAGUAGCCACGCUGUUCAGUAAAAUGGAUGGAGAAGAAUGCCAUGGGGACUGGAAAAGUGUCAUGGGAUGUAAGGUGACAGUGCGCAACAACAGCAAGGUGACAGUGAAACUGAUCGUGAACAACGUUAUGGUGGACAGGAAGAUUCUGAACAUCUUUGGUGUUAUCAAGGGAUUUGAAGAACCAGAUCGGUACGUUGUGCUYGGAGCCCAGAGAGACUCCUGGGGCCCAGGAGUGGCCAAGGCUGGCGUUGGYACUGCCAUCUUGCUGGAACUUGCCCGUGUGAUCUCGGACAUGGUGAAAAACGAUGACUACAAACCACGGCGCAGCAUUAUCUUUGCUAGCUGGAGUGCAGGAGAGUACGGAGCUGUGGGUGCUACUGAGUGGCUGGAGGGGUACUCCACCACUCUGCAUGCCAAAGCCUUCACCUACAUCAACUUGGAUACUGCAGUCCUGGGAUCCAAAGAUGUGAAGAUUUCUGCUAGCCCAUUGCUGUAYUCAUUGGUGGAGUCAACUUUGAAGAGGGUAAAGGACCCCGCAAAGGCUUCAGGAUCCCUGUAUGGCAGAGUUGGCUCUGACUGGGUAAAGAGMGUCGUUCCACUUGAUCUGGAUAAUGCAGCAUUCCCUUUUCUGGCCUACUCGGGAAUCCCAGUGGUUUCCUUUGGUUUCUACAAUGAAGGUGAUGAAUAUUCCUUUUUGGACACUACUCAGGAUACUUUGUUUAACUUGAAGCAGAAGACUGAUCAGUUGUAUGCUCUUAUGCAUACUGCUGCAGAAUUUGCUGGACAAAUAGCUCUSAGGCUGACCCAUGAUCAUGAGCUCUUCCUGGACUUUGAUAGAUACAGUGAGGAAUUGCUUGUAUUCCAGGAGAAGCUUUUGCCUUUCGAUUCCAAGGUGAAGGAACUGGGGCUGACCUUGAACUGGCUGUAUUAUGCCCGUGGAGAUUUUCAGCGAGCUGCAGAUACACUGAGAAGAGACAUCGCAAACAGUGACAGGGAGAACAGGAUCGUCCGCAGAGCCCUGAAUGACAGGAUGAUGAAGGUGGAGUACGACUUCCUCUCCCCGUUCCUCUCACCAAAAGACACUCCCUUCCGYCACAUCUUCUUCGGCAAAGGCUCCCACACCCUGCAGAGUCUGCUGGAGAACCUGAAGCAGCUGGAAACCAACAAGGACAGCGUGGAUGUGAACGAGCUGAAAGAGCAGCUGGCCCUGGCGACCUGGACCAUUAAAGGGGCUGCCAAUGCKUUAGUGGGCGAUAUCUGGAACACGGACAACGAAAUCUAGACACAGCAAACACCUGGAUUACCCGUCUAAGGUACAGGAGAGCUGUGUGCUCCCACGGGGAGCACAGCUUCCUUCCUGGCCCCAGCCCCAGCAGAGGGCCUUGCUGUGUAGAUCUAGUUCCACCUGUAGCAACAUACUCAAACUCCCUGUACCUCAGAUUAGGCAUUGGCAUGAUUUUCAAAUGGCAGCUUCCUGCAAACUUCCAGUACCUUUAUAAUAUUGUGAAACCUAACCAAAACCCCCGAAACCUAAGUGAAACCCACUCCCUAACAUGGCAUUACCUUCCUGUAGAUAACUCUGGCAACAAAACUUUUUUUGACCAAAGUUGAGCACAAAAUUUAAAUCUCACCUUGACAAGUUCACAGGAGGCAGUUUUAAAGCAGUAUCUGACCAAGCUCCCAUCUAACCACAGUCCUAAGCGGUCCUAUACAGCUGCUUAUGGGGUUUCCUGCUACCAGUGUACUUGAAAACUAAGAGCUCAGGURUCUCCUGAACUGGUACCUUGAGUGGGGAGGUACCUCAUCUAUUCAGGCUUUUAAUUGUUGGCCACCUAAACCUAGUGAUUAAAACAGGGAAUGGAUUCCUCUGAACGCUUGUAAUGAGGAUCCCUUCUCUGGCAGGAAGCUGCAGAGAGCUGCAGUUCAAAAAUUAAACAAUGUAGUAAUAGCCYGCAAGUGCUGGAUUAUCAGCAAGCUCUGAAGUGCCCGGCCUGCCUUUACUCAACAGCAGGGCCCCAGUGACAUCUUGGAGGCUUGCUUCUGUCAAGGCAGGUAUCAAUACCCAGGGAAAAGGACCCAAAGAUUAUGCAAUGUCCCCUUUAUAUCCUCAGCUGGCAUCUCAGCGAAUCCUGCAGCAUUGAGAAAUGGCUUUAGACUGACACUUCAGACCUUGCUGCUCAGGGGCCUUGUGUGAAAUUGAGUCUCUUGCUGGCCAAACCCUGUUUGACUGAUGUCAKUUUGCAGGAUGGCUCUUGUCUGGCACUGAGAUAUUUAUUUCUUUAUUUAUUUAUCAGUGACAGUGUUCACUAUAAAUGGUGUGUUUUUUUAUAGAAGAUAAUUAUCGGAAGCAGUGCCUUCCAUAAUUAUGACAGUUAUACUGUCGUUUUUGAAUAAAGCAGCAUCUGCUAUUACAAUCAAACAURAUACUGGAACUUUGCAUUUAAAAUAAUCAAAACAAGCCCCUCAAAAAGUUUUGGAAAACUAGCAAUUAAGCUUUCUGUGGCAAAAACACCCUUCUGGAAGAAACUUGAAGGUGCAAACCUGGUAGUGUGUCUCCAGGUUGCACUCCAAAGUAAUCCUUGAAAUGCUGAAAACCUGGGUGGAAAUUCCAAUMCUAGAAAUUUGGCUUCCUUGCAGGAUCUGUGCCUCUCUGUGGGCUUCAGACUGCUUCCUGCUCCCCUUUCUGGAUGCCAUGUGCUCUCACAGGGAGCACAGCUUCCUUCCUGGCCCCARCCCCASCAGAGGGCCUUGCWGUGUAGCCCUAGUUCCACCUGUGGCAACACACACAAACUCCCUGUACCUCAGAUUAGGCCUUGGCACGAUUUUUAAAUGGCAGCUUCCUGCAAACUUCCAGUACCUUAUGUAUCAUGAAACCUAACUGACAUUAUCGGGGGCAGUGUCUCCCAUAAUGGUAAAGAACAAGGUAGUUUUUGCCUACCACAGUGUUAUAUCGGAGACAGUGAUCUCCAUAUGUUGCACUAUGGGUGUACGUAAUUAUCGGGGACAGUGUUUCCCAUAAUUGUUCUAUGCUUAUCACGCAAUGUCAUCUGCGAAGCUUGAUGGUUAGUAUCUAACAUGGAUUAAUUUCCUGCAGUCCUAUUUUUUCACUCUCCUGUGAUGAUGCAGAUACAAACUUCCGUCUGUUAUGUACAUCCUCAGACUCUUCCUUCUCCAUAGGCUGAACCGUUUCAAAUAGCUGUGCUGUCUUGAAUUGGCCUCCUGCCCCCAAUCACGGGAGUGGUGCUUGAAUGUUUAGUGGAAACUAGGCUAGUUAGACUGUGUGUUCUGUGGUGUAGUGAACUUCCUUCAAAUCAGUUACAAAGACCUGAGGAAUUAAAGGUGAAUGUAGGGCUUGGGGCUGACAGCUGUCCUGAGGGCUCUGGUCACUGCUCUGGAUGGGUGCAGGCAGCACUUUGAGAGGCUGGCCUGCUGUGGCACUGGGAGGGUGCUGGUGUGUGUGCAUGGGAAGUGCUCACUCUCCAGUUCUGCCUAGAAAUUCCAGUCUUUGUCCCUUGGGUGUUGUGUGGAGCGCGAAACAUUAGCGGCAGCUUUCUAAUGGUGCCACUCAGCUGUGUGACCUGAAGCUGAGCACUGCUGAUGUGUGUCACCUAAACUGCGCUGCCUGCUGCCAGCCCUGUGCUCUGCAGUUUGAUCUGGCAUUGCAGCUUAGUUUUAACCUGAACUCUGUAGCUUGAUCUGGCAUUUAAACCUAACUUGAGCGAGUGACCUGAGCCCCCGCAGCAGUCCUUGAGAGAAAGAACAUUGUUCAACUGGAGCUCCACAAGGAAUGGGCAAGGAYCAGCUCUCAGCCUAGUUACUGAUCUUAGUGCUCACUAGCUUGGAGGGCUGGAUUUUCAUCAGUCUUUAGAAACCUGAUGCCCAGGCUUGUGCAACUUGAUGUUCUUCCUUAACUUCUCUUAACUCUCUAACUUCCUACAGCCCUCUCUGUGUUAGUGUUUCCCAGUGACAUUUCUCUGGAUGGCAUCUAAGAGCUGCUGUCUGGGAGUCCUCACUGUAGUGUUUGCAUGCAUCUUGAUGUCAGACUUAACCUUGUGCUUUACAGCCAGCAGAGAGAGACAAAAGACAAAGCUUGUCUCCUGGCUAGGCAGCAUAGCCAUGACUACUGGGAUGUUGGAACGCCUUGCUCAGUGCUGGCAUCUGACUGCUGUGGGGUGCUAAACUGUUUCUGGAUUACCUGCUGUGUGCUUGAAUAAAGUACUUACGAAGCUUGAACACUCAGCUUCCCUUGUGGGGUUCUGGAUUACCUGCUGUCUGCUUUAAUAAAGAUUUUGAAGCUUGAACACUC